AUUUUUUACAAAUUUAAAAACAAAUAAUAUCACAUUAAGAGAAAAAGAUGAAUAAGGAAAUUUCUGAAAAUGUUUUAGAAAAAGAAAAUGAAGAUUAUAAUAUAUUAAAUAAAGAGUUGUCAAAUGAUUACUCUGAUGAACUUUCUGAUGAAGAAAGAGUUUUAUUGUAUGAGAAAGCUAUGAGCUUCAAGCAGCUUGGAAGUAACAACCAUGCUUUAUUAUGCUUUCUUGGCUGUUUAAAAGGCUUGAAACCUAGUUCAAAAACAAAAUUUACAAUGUUACCCCAAUGCUUAACACAUAUAUCAGAAAUUUAUGCAUCAGCAGGAGACUAUCAGAGAGCUGUGGAGUUCAUGCAAGGAACCAAACUUUAUUAUGAAACUGCAAUUAUUGAGGCUGGCAUUCAAGUUGAUGAAUAUAAAAAAGAAACAGGUUCUGGUUACCAACCUUUAGAUUUAGAUCCAUGCUUAGAUGAGGCACGUCGAGCAAAUGAAUAUGAACGGUUAUCUCACUCAUGUCUUGAACAGCAAAAGUUUCAGCUGGCUCUUGAGUAUUGUGGAAAAGCCACUCAAUUAAGACAAAAGGCAUACGGAAAUGAGCAUCAACUGACAAUGAAAAGUUUAGAUAUGUUUACCUUAAUUUAUGCAGAGAUGGGUAAAUCUCAAUAUUCUGAAGCAAUGAGUAAAUAUGGAGACACAUCAAAAUUUGUAAAAGAGGAUGAAACCAUGAAAAAAGCAUCACAAGACAAUUUAAAAGAAGCCAAGGAAAAUAAAAAGGAGGUCAAAAUUGUUGAAGAAGAAGUGAAAAAAAUAGAGGAGAUGAAAAUAUUAGAAAAAGAAAAUCUUGUUGAAGAACCACGUGAAGAAAAUCGUAUAAAAAAAGUGCAGUUUUCUCCUAUUGUUUCAACAAGAACUAUUACAUGUGACAACGCUCCAUUAUCUGCUGGACAAUGGCAUAUGUUAACAUUUUUUUUUGUUUCUACAAUUUUAGCAAUAAUUACCACUAUACUAUGGUGUCAUAUUUCAGGCAGUUCAAUAUGUCUUUCAUUUCGCCAUUUGUUUUCACAAUAGUAAAUCUGAAAAUUUCAUAAUAAGUUGUAAAUAAAAUUUCUCUGAGCGUUGAACGUUAUGCAAAACGUUUAUAUUGUAUUUUGCAUAACGUUACAUUACGUUUUACAAAAUUAUUUGUUUUUAGUUUUUACUUUUUUAAGUAAAAAAAAAAGUUUUUUAUUAAAAAACAUUAAUUUAAGUAUUUAAAAUUUUUUUUAAACCUUUUAAUUGGUUUAGAAUAUUAAAAUUAUUAUCAUAAACAACGGGAAGGUUUAAAUUAAUGCACACAAAUUCUUUUAUAAAAUUUUUUCUAACAAACUUGAUAUAUUAUUCUUAGUUGGUUUGUGUCUUUUUUCCAUAAUAAUUUCAAUUUUAAAUUUGUUUUUUUUUUUUAACUAGUAAUGUAUUUUGUUUUUUUUUAGGUGUUUUUAGUUUUAAAUAAAUGUAAAUAUAAUAUUAUAGAUACAAAAAAUAUGCUUAAAUAAUCAUUAGAAUUGGGCUGUUUGUUAUUUAAGAAAAUGUUAGUUUGUCCAUUUUUAUUGAUUUAUAUUUAUUUAAAAUUGAAAUAUU